AUGUCUGAGGUGAGUGUCAUUGAAACGUUCUUCCCUUGCAGAUCAACGAUCGACGACGACGACGAUUACGGCGGCUCCUCCAUUCUGAGGACACUCCCACUCGGAAGUCUUGCAACUAUCAGCGCACCAUCAGCUGCAUCGGCUACUCUCGUUGGCGGCAGCAACUACACCGUCCACCGUGGUCUCUCGCCUACCACUGCCAACAGGAUUCAAAAUCGUGUCUUGGAAUUGGAAGAAGCUCUUGAAGCGGAGAGAGCAACGAGUCUUAGAUAUGACAGACAAAUCGCCGAUCUAAACCUCCAACUUGUUGCCGCGCAAGAAAAAGUUGACGAAGCAGAUAAUGAAAUUCAAGCUCAGAUGGACGCGAACCGCAGAGGAGAGGCAGAUUACUUGAAGUUGAAGAAGGAUUACGAUACUCUGCUGGCCAACCACGACGCCUCUGAAGCUAACUUGAAGAAGAAAUUUUCUGAAAUCAUCAAAGAUCUGGAAGAUCAGCUCGACAGAUUGAGGCAACAAAAAUCAAAACUGGACAAAGAGAAGCAGUCGUUUGUCAUCGAAAUUGAAAACUUGAACACCACCCUCGACCAGGCUGGAAAAAAUAACGUUUAUGCCGAUCAAAAACUUCGUGACUUAGAGGAACAAAUGAAGAAAUUGAACGCAAAAGUUGGAGACCUGACCAAACAAAACGCUGAACUUUUGGCUUUCAAGAACAAACUGAGCCAAGAAAAUGGCGACUUGCUCAAGACAGUCCAUGAUUAUGAAACUAAGUUUGGCAUCUUGUCAAGCAGCAAGACUCAAAUUCAGACUCAUUUGGAAGAGCUCAAAUCAAAAUACGAUGACGAGUUGAGAAGCAAAGGUUUGACUGGUGAUCAAUUGAACCAAGCUCAAAGUGAACUGGAUCGUGUAGUUGCUUUGUAUGAAGAGGAGCUGGAGGCCGCUGAUGGCUUGAGAGGACAAGUGGCAAGACUGCAGGCCGAGUACCUCACCCUAAAAUCAAAAUAUGACAAAGAUAUGGCUGCUCGUGGCGACGAAGUAGAAGAAUUGAGGCGCAAGCUCAACGCCAGAGUUGCCGAAUUAGAAAGUGAACUUGAAAACUUCCGAUCUCGCAACUCAAAAUUGGAAAAAGAUAAAAGCAAAUUGGGAUUGGAGAUAAAAGAUUACAGUUUGCAGUUGGAAGAUGCGAACAAUGUCAUCCAAGAUCACAUGAAAAGAGCGAAACAGUUGGAACAUUUGGCAACCGACCUCCAGAAGAGGAGUGAUGAACUGAGCAGUGAGCUGCAGAGAGCCAACCUUGAUUUAUCAAAUGCUAAUGCGGAAGUUGCUCGUUUGAAGGCUCUAGCCGGUGAUUUGCAGGACAAGAUUGAUGCUUUGACUAGAGAAAACGCUAAAUUAACAGGUACGCCAAAAUUUAUCUUCAUGAUUAAAAAAAAACAGUCAAAAUUGGUCCAACCAUAUUGUAAAAUUUACUUUUGUUUUGAAACUGUUUUAAAGUUGGUUUUGGGUAAACUGGAUUCAGCUGGAGGAGCUGCAAACCAAAUCCGUAUUGAUCUGGAGAAUAAGUUGAAAGACAGAGACGCGGAACUUGAAGCUAUCAAGCACAGAAGCCAAACAACAAUCACGGAGCUGCAAACAACUUUGGUUGAUUUAGAAAACAAGUUGAAGAACGAAGGAAGUCGCUUGAAGAAGAAGCAUGCUCAAGAAAUACAGGAGUACCAAAUCCAGUUGGACGCUUUGCAGAGAGCCAACAUUGAAUUUGAAAAGGCAAAGAAAGGAGCAUACAACAAAAUCAGAGAACUCGAAUCUGCCUUAGAAAUUGAAAGAAAAGGAGCUCGUGAUGCGAAAGAUGCUGCUGCCAAUUUAGAACGUAAAGUGGCCACUCUCCUUGCUGAACUUGAUGACCUCAGAAGCUUAUAUGACGCCUCAGAAAAGGCACGCAGAAAGUUGGAGGCCGAUAACUCAGAGUCUUCCCAGCAUAUGACUGAAAUCAACGUCACCAUCAGCAACUUGCAGAAUGAUAGGAAGAGACUUGAAGCUGAUCUGGCCGGAUAUGAACACAGAUUUGCUGAUGCUGAUAGCUCCCGUCGUGCAGCUGAAGAUAGAGCUGACAAGUUGUCGGCUGAAUUGGCUCGCAUUAGUGAGCAGCUGAAAAGUGAACAGAGUGCUGCCACCUCUUUGCAGGCUGUCAACAAGCAGCUGGAAGUUCAAGUCAGAGAGCUCUCAAUUCAUCUGGAAGACCUGGAAGCUUCAAGAGAUGGAAGAAAGGCUCUCUCGCAAUACAAAUCCAAAAUUGCUGACUUGGAAAGAGAUUUGGAUGCUGAACAAAGAAGAGGAAAGGAGGCUAUGAAUGAAGUGCAAAAAUUGAAACGCCAACUGCAAGACACCAGGGUUCAAGCAGAAAGAGACCACCUCUUAGUUAUUGAAUAUGCUGACAACAUCAACAACUGGCAAGCCAAAUUCAACGCUCUGAAAAGUCAACUUGAGCAGAAUGAAGAAGUCCUGACUAUUACACUGAACAAAUAUCGUAAAGUGCAAGCCGAAUUGGAAGAUGCCCAACACAGAGCAGAUCGCGCAGAAGCCCAAAACGCCGCCACAGUCCGCCACCACACCACCAUCAUCGGGGGUGCGCCUCCAUUGGGGAUGCCAGGUUUGGGUCGCACCAGAGCCAUGUCCGUCACUAAGGAAGUGACUUCAAGAUUCAUCCGAUAG